AAUGAUCACCAUGCUUUACUAAUUCCCCUAUAUAAAUCUCCCUCACUUGCUCUUUUAUCUAACCAAAUUAACUUCCUAUUUCAAAAAAUGGCUUAUUUUCAUGUGUACAUUCUUUCCAUAAUCUUUUCAUUGAUCCUCUUGUCCAAUGGAGUUUUUCAUGAAGAAAUCUCUGAUAUUCAAGCCAUGAAUUUAAGAAGUCAAAAAACAAGUCACCUCCAUUUCUACUUCCAUGAUAUCCAAGGUGGAAAACAUCCUUCAGCAAUCAAAAUAGUUUCACCGGGUGGCGGAGGAAUAUAUGGUUUUGGCAAAACUUUCAUGUGUGAUGAUGCACUAACCAUAGGGCCUAAUGCAUCAAGUGAGGUUAUUGGAAGGGCUCAAGGGAUUUACGCGAUGGCUUCACAGAGCGAACCUGUGUUGCUUAUGACAAUGAUUUUUGAGUUUACACAAGGCAAGUAUAAUGGGAGCAGCAUAAGUAUUCUUGGGAGGAAUCCAUUUAUGAGAGAUGUUAGAGAGAUGCCUAUUGUUGGAGGCACUGGACUCUUUAGGUUUGCUAGAGGCUAUGCAUUGGCUCAUACUUUCUGGUUUGAUGUCAACACUGGAGAUGCUAUUGUGGAAUACAAUGUGUUUGUUCAACAUUAUUGAAGUAAGAAUAUGUGCUUAUAAAGUAGUAGUCACAGGCACAAUGACUACUUCUUUUUCUUAUUUAUUCCAUCUUUAGCAAGCUUGUUCAAUUUCUUUUUAUGAAUGUUCUAAAGUGAUGUCUUAUUUUUAUCAAAGAGUUUUGGUACAAAGGUUUUAUCAA